AUGAGUUAUUACUACAAUAAAGUUAAUAUUUUUAAGUUAAAUUAACCUUAAAUAAAAUAAGAAAUGAGAUAAAGCAGUAAUUAUAUGAGUUAAUUUUAAAAGCCUACUUAAAAUUUGUAAGAAUAUGCAAUUAAAAACUCUGAAAAACCAUAAAACAAAGUCACAGAUACUUAUCUUAGUGAUAGAUAACCUAGUUUUUAAUAUAGAACAAAUAAUUACGUUAUCUCACAUAAUAAUAGAUAAAAAAGAACUCCUAAUUAUUAAGAUUAAAAAAAUGAGUUGUAUUAUAAAUAUUAAAUGCAAGAUAAUUGUAAAAUUGCUAAUAAAGGGUAAAUCCUUCAAUAUACUCCGAAUUAUAAAAAUAGCUAUGAAAAUAAUUUUAACUUAUCAAAUAAUUAUUAGAGGAACUUUAAAUUAGAUUCUAAUAAAUAAACAAAAUAUAUGAUAAGAACUUCACCUUCUUUUUUAACUUUAGAGUAUAAUAAAAAAAAUCUUGAGAAUAGUUAAUAUAUCUAAUAAUAAUAGAAUUCAGCAAAAUCUUAAUAAUAAUAUUAAAAUAAUUAAAUAAAUUAACAUUUGCAGAAUGAAAAUCAAACUAACUGCUAAACUAACUAAAAGAAUGUGGCAACUCAAAAUAUUUAUAAUCUAAGAACAAUUACUAGUUCUUCAAUUGCUAAUAGAAAUUUAAACUCUCCAUAACCAUAAUACCAAAAAAGCAUUAACUAAAAUUCAGAAUAAUUGUAAAAUGCAUCUAAAUUCGACCCUAAUUCAUAGAUAGCUUAAUAAUAGGCACUGAAUCAAUUUAUCAAAUAUAGAUCUAAUAGCUUACAAAAUGCUAAUAAAAUUGUAUAGGAAAUUGGCUUCAAUCAGUUUAAUAAUUAAAAAUUAAAUUAUUCUUUUUAAAACUAUCUAAAUGAAGAGAAAAUAAAUUAGAUUUUCAUUUAAAAAAGUUAAUAAAUUUAAAAUAAUAAUCAAAGUAUAAGCAAAAAUUUAGAUUCAACAUCUUUUAACUCAAAUUCUGCUUAAAAUAAUAUUAACAAUAAAGAUUAAACAAGAGAUUCUGAUUCAUAAAGUUCUUCUAAAAGUUUGAUCACUUCUUACAAUUAAUUUGAGUUAACCAGUUAUGAGAAAUCUGAAUUAAGUAAUUUAAAGAAGUAUUAAAUAUUAUCUUAAAAUGUAAAAUUAAGAGCUCGAGAAGACAGUUUAAUAAAAGGUUAUUAACAAACAAUUAUUAGCUCUUCAAAUACUAAUAAAAUACAAAAUAAUGAUUAACUUAAAAUUUAAGAAAAUAAUUAGAAAUUGGAAAAAAAUAAUGCAAAUUGUGAAAGCUAAAACAAAAUUUAAAAUACUUAAAAAAGUUUGGCUGAAACUUAAAAUAAUUUAUAGUAAAAUUAAGUAAAUUAUAUAUCUGAGCACUUAGAGAUUUCUAUAAAAAACCAUCUCCUUUAAAAUUAAUAAAAAUCUAAUUAGGAUAAUUAAAAACAACAAUAACUUGAUAAUGAAAGUUAGACCUAAAAUUCAACUUCUCAAUAAAAUCAUUUGAGUUCAAGAGAUAGAAGAAUGGUUGAAAGAAACAAUCAAUAUCAUUUUGAAUCAAUAUAUUUAAAUAAGAGCUAAUAUCUUGAUAAAAUAAAAAUAGGUCUACCAAAUAUUGGUUUAAAAUGCUACAUUAAUUCUACAAUUUAAACGCUAAGGUAAGUUUACUAUUUUGAUUAAAAAAUAUUUGAAAACCCUGGCUUUUCUAAAGAUUUUUUACAACUAUUUCAAUGCAUGGAAGAAAGAAAUACUAAAAAAAUUUAAUUUUGGAUUUAAAAAAUAGCUGAAAAAUCUAAAUAAAAUCAGGAGCAUACUUAUAGUGGAGAUACCUAUAUGUGUAUUUAUGAUUUUCUUUAUGAAAUAAAAAAAUCUCUACCUGAUAAUUAAAAAUAAUAAUUUGAUGAUUUGUUUUCGCGUAAUUAUAAAGACAAAUUAAAGUGUGGUAAAUGUGAAAGGUAAAAAAUUCCAAAUACUAGUUAAUUUAUAACCUGUUUAGAUUAUUAAGAAUUUGGAUACGAAUGCAGUAAAUUAGAUGAUGCCUUUUAAGAUAAUAGUGAUUUAGAUUUGUUUAAACAGAUAAACAGUGAUGAUCUUAUUUGCCCUAUAUGUAGAGAUUAAUUGCAGUCAAUCAGAAAAUACAAAUAUGCACCUAAGUUUAUGCUAAUUAGAUUACUAUCUUUUAUUCCAAAAGAAUAAUGUCUAUAUAUCUUAGAUAAAUAAUUCGAAUUUUUAGUAAACUAAAAAACAACUUAAAAAUAUGAAAUAGUUGGAUUCUGUAGUUAUUAUGGUCAUUACUAUACUUAUACUGCAAAAUACAAUAAUAAGUGGAUUGAAUUUAAUGAUUAAAAUUCUAGCGAAGUAAGACCAGAUUGUUCUAAAGCAAUAUACUUUUUAUUGAAAAGAAUAUGA